AUGGCUCCUCUGACUCCCGUUGAACAGGAGAAUCACCAAGCGCUUCUCGAUCGCCUUGACAUUGCGGCAGUUCCCCGUCCGUUCCGCAAUCCGAAUUGGAAGCCAUCGCAGCGUCGCAACAAGAACGUGAAGCAGCUUAUUUCUGAGAGCUCUAGGAAGGAGGCUUCCGUCAUGGCGACACAGUCCAAUUCUGGCGCAACCACCCCGCUCGCAGCUACGUCCGCCAGCACCGACGGCAGCCAAACCCCUGCCGAUGGCACACCCCGAACGAACAUCGCGCAGGCUGCGCAGAACCUCUCCACACUGGUGUUGGAAAAGAACGCACGAGCUGCAUUUACAUCUGGACCUGCCGUAACGUACACGAAUAUCGAAUCCGCGCCCUCGUUGCACCCGUCGCAGCAAACCCGCUACUGCGAUAUAACAGGCCUGCCUGCGCCAUACACAGAUCCCAAGACCAGACUGAGGUACCACGAUAAGGAGAUCUUUGAGAUAAUGCAUUCGGAUUCUAACGAAGGUCCUGCCAGAUAG